UUGGCAAACUUCCUGAUGACCAACCAUCUACACUUGUUCAAUCAGCAAACCUGAAUUUCGUGAAUAACAAGAGGUUUCAAGGUCAGAAAUAUUUUUAGUACGAGUACGCAUACAUGUAGUCCAAUUUAUUACACUGCUUCAAGAAUUCCUUUGAAAUCGAGUGAAAACAAGAGCUGGCAAGCUCAAUUCCAGAACGGAAAAGUGACAGCCCCAGCUAGCCAGCGCUCGAGACAUCAUCAACGUGAAGAGGAUGUGGUUGUGUUGAAAGCUGCAGUCUGAGCUCGAGCUAGACAGAUGCAAGCCAGAGGUUGAGUCGGAGACAAAACGCCGAGCAGCUUCCAGGAACACGGAAUGUAGUGGACUAGCUAAUAAAAGCUGUGUGGCCUGGGCACUCUUGAGUGGCAGCUGGUGAGAUUCCACUCUAGUGAUUGCUGGGGGCGAUGAGGGUGCGUUGCUCCAGGAAGCUGGGCCUCCUAGCAAAGACCUUCUUCCUGCUGUGGGUGCUGUGGCUGGGUUACCUGCUCCUGGCCCGUUCCUUCUCCUCCACAGGGACCGAUGGAGGGGAGGACGGAGGGGGCCGCAGCCUGCUGGUCAGGCACUUAUCCCCCGUGGAGGAACAGGGGAGCGAGCAGCUGGCCAGGCCUGUGUACGUGAAGGCGCCGUCGGACGCCAACGCUCCCGGGGAGUGGGGAAAGGCCACCAGGCUAAACCUCAGCCCGGAGGAGAAGAAGCAGGAGGAGGACAGCGUGGAGAGAUACGCUAUUAAUAUCUUUGUCAGUGAUAAGAUCUCCCUGCACCGACACAUCCAGGACAACAGGAUGAAGGAAUGCAGAGCUAAGAAGUUUGACUACCGCCAUCUGCCGACCACGUCGGUGAUCAUAGCGUUCUACAACGAGGCCUGGUCCACCCUGCUCAGGACCAUCCACAGUGUUCUGGAGAGCACGCCCGCUGUCCUGCUGAAGGAGAUCAUCCUCAUAGACGACUUUAGUGACCGAGUCUAUCUGCAGUCUCAGCUGGAGCAGUACAUCAGUAACUGGGAGCGUGUCCGCCUCAUCCGCACCAACAAGAGGGAGGGGCUGGUCAGGGCGAGGCUCAUCGGCGCCACCUAUGCCACGGGGGACGUACUGACUUUCCUGGACUGUCAUUGCGAGUGUGUCCCCGGCUGGAUCGAGCCGCUCUUGGAGAGGAUUGGAGAGAAUGAGACCACCAUCGUGUGUCCGGUGAUCGACACCAUAGACUGGAACACGUUUGAGUUCUACAUGCAGACAGAUGAGCCCAUGAUCGGAGGCUUCGACUGGAGGCUGACCUUCCAGUGGCACUCCCUCCCUGAGGUCGACCGCAAGAAACGCAAGUCCCGCACCGAACCCAUCAGGUCUCCUACAAUGGCUGGUGGACUGUUUGCUGUGAGCAAGGCCUACUUUGAGUACCUGGGCACAUACGACAUGGGCAUGGAGGUGUGGGGAGGAGAGAACCUGGAGCUGUCCUUCAGGGUGUGGCAGUGUGGAGGUUCUCUGGAGAUCCACCCCUGCUCCCACGUGGGCCACGUCUUCCCAAAGAAAGCCCCCUACGCCAGGCCCAAGUUCCUCCAGAACACGGUCCGUGCUGCCGAGGUGUGGAUGGACACCUACAAACAGCACUUCUACAACAGAAACCCCCCUGCCAGAAAGGAGACAUAUGGGGACAUCUCAGAGAGGGUGGUCCUCAGAGAGAGACUGAAGUGUAACAGCUUUGACUGGUACCUGAAGAACAUCUACCCUGACCUGCAUGUACCAGAGGACAGGGUGGGAUGGCACGGGGCGGUGCGUAGCUCUGGGAUCCAUUCAGAGUGCCUGGACUACAACACUCCGGAACACAGUCCCACGGGGGCGCACAUCUCCCUCUUCGGUUGCCAUGGGCAGGGCGGCAACCAGUACUUUGAGUACACAACCCAUAAGGAGAUCCGCUAUAACUCUGUGACGGAGCUGUGUGCCGAGGUCCCCGAGGGACAGACUUACAUUGGGAUGAAGCACUGCCCCCACGACAGAACCCCUACACCCCCCACCAUCAUCUGGGAGUUCAGAGAGGACGGGACGAUCUACCACCCUCACUCAGACAUGUGUGUCACUUCCUAUCGCACAGCCGAGGGGCGCACGGACAUCCAGAUGAGGACGUGCACUCCUGGGGACAAGCACCAGCGCUGGAAGUUUGAGGAUGGGAGAAACUAGCCUCACCCUAACCCUAAUUGACCUUUGAACUAAGUGCAAUUACAGUUCCACAGUGGAUGAUUGAGAGACAGGAUUUUUAAAGAGGGACCCAGCAAAGCCUCUUAACAGACUACCUACUUGUUCCCUGUGGGAAGACUUCACAAGACUUCCUCAUUUAAAGUGCCUUUGCAAACCAAAUGGGGUCCACACCUGAGGUGACAGUAUUUAUGCCUGUCUGUCAGAAUGCCCUAGUUUUGUUGAAAAACAAUAAGAAAGCUUGAACGAACGGUCCAGGAUUGUCCAGUGGUAUCAGUUCUAAAAUACUGGUUUCAAAGAGGAUCAAUAGCAGGCAUCAUGGGAGUUUUGUUAUUGAAUUCAGUGGGAUCAGCAUAGAUUCGAACAAAUACUGUUGCACUACAGAAUGUUUUUGUAUAGAAUAUUUUGGUGUUGUUUUUUUUACAGGUAGACCACAACAAAUAACUGAAUGUUGUCAAAAAAAAGAAAAAAGUUUACUAAAUUAAAACGAUUCGUUUAGGGGCCUAAAUUAUUACUAUUUUCUAUGUGUGGUUAAUCUGGGGUUUGUUACUCAAAUAUAAACCUUUGAGAUAGCUGAAUAAGUCCCAGAGCUUUGUAUCAUAUGAGACUUAUUAUACAAGCCCCAUCUUGUUGUGUAAGUGAUCUGGAGUUACGAGGACCCUGUCACGCUAGUAGGCUAUAUGUGUUCUACUCACCAGUGUCUGUCUCUCUGUUUGGAGACUGUGUUCAAAGUAGGAUGAAAUUGGGCUAUUCGAACAAGACUUGAAACACUUAAGCUUGUGCUAAGUGCAAUUUUCCAUUGCCUGAGGGUGGUGGGAUGUCUGACAUUGUUGUCUGGGAGUCUUCACUGUGCUGUGGAUUCAAAAACAUUCUUUAACAGGCCGAUUUACUGGGUCUACAAUGUGCCUCCAAAAACGGAAGUUUUUUAUUUUUUUGUCAGGGUUGUUUUACACUUAUUUUAAUGUAUAUAAAAAAAAAAAUCUACUGUGCCUAACAUAAAAGCAUAAACAUGUUAAUUUCACUUUCAUAGUGACGAUAUUCUCAUAUGGGUGUUGGUCUGCAUCAAUGUUGUCUGCUCUCUUCCAUAGAUAGCUGCAAUGGUGAGGCUAACAAAAGCAUGUCACGGCAUUGCUUACUGUAGCAUUCAUACUAUAUCAUUCAUCAAUUGUUGAUCUCUCAAGGGCUUGAUUCUCAUAAACCUGCCACACAACAGAUUCCCUUGUCGUUAUGUUUUGACAGACUUACAUCAACACCUGCACUCUGCUCUUACUCUCUCCUAAACCUAAACUUUUCCUAAAGUAUCUGGUUCCCUUGAUUGGGAUUCGAGGACCAAUAGGCCUUAAUAACAAUGAUUCCAUGUUUGUUGCAAUUGAAGUGCUUAUUAUUGAAAUCAGCUCUACCGCAGCACACCGUUUUUCCUAAUAGUAUUUUUGUGGUCCUUUGCACUAGGGCAUUUUUUUAUGUCAAAUAUUUGUAAUGAUUGGUUGAUCAUUCAAAAUGACUCCAGCUUCAUAUGAUACUUCUUGGUAUAAAGGGACCUGAAUGGGAGGUGGCGUAUUUGAACUACUGUACUGAUUAAUAAGCACGAGGUGGUGGUGACUAUUGUUUGUACCAGUGAAGAAUUAAAGGGUUAAAAUCAAGUUGGUGUUUUGGAGGAUUGCUGUAGAUCAAUGCCUUUUAACUCACUGAACAAUGACCAUUAAAACAAGAAUCCAAAGGA